CCAUGUUGCCCUUGCUUGAUCCGUGCGGCCAGCCCUUGCAACCAGUAGCAUCGCUCUGGAGGAUGGUGGAGGAACAAGUGGCGCCCAGCGAGAGGCUGGAGGUGAAGACCAUCUUGGGGGAUGAUGCUGUGGAACGGAGCUUGGAGCUGCACGCUGAGGUGCAGACACUGCUGGAAUUCUAUCAGGAGAUACAGCAGGGCCACUCUGAACUGGAAUGGAGCCCUUCACAAGCAGCUGGCAGCUUGCUUGCUGCUCCACCCCACCUUAAGGAGCUGAUGAGGCAGGAAAUCCGCCUUCUUCUGAGGGGCCUCCAGCAAAAAGCAUUGCAGGAGGGCAGGGACCAAGAUUGUGCCAUUGCUAAAUACAGCCCCCAUGUGGUCACCUUUGCUCUGAAGGGAGAUGCUGGAACUGGACGGCCUUCCUCUGGGAGAAGUGCCCUCAUCCGGCCGUUGUCCUCCAGAUCCAUCAAUGAUCUGGGACUCCUCUGUAAUAAACUGAAUAUCACCGAUAUUGGUGAGGUAGCCUUUCGACUCCGGACCCUGCUGGAAGAUGAAUGCCGGGCUUUAGAAAGGUGCAUCUCUCAUUUACAGCGUCAGCUGGAAAAGGCACAUUACCAGGCUGCACAGUGGCUAGAGACAACGCACGAGCCUACCAUGGCUGAGCUGCAAGAAGAGAAGCAUGCCAUGGAGCGAGAUCUGCAGCUGAGCCAGUCUCAGCUGUCUCCGAGACUUUCCCUGAAGCCAAAGUUGCUUGGGAGGAGUGGCUGCCAGCCUCAGCUUAGCCAUCUGGGAGAUUCAGCAAAAGGACCAGACAUCAGGGAGACACCUCCUGCUUCCUCACCUAGUCCACGAAAUCAAACAACCACGUUGUGCCGUCAGACACUGCCGUGGAGGAGCCACUCAGAAAAAGGCCAGCGGGGGCGGCUGCCACAAGAGGAACUCAGGCAAGCAUGGAAAGACAAGGACGCUUGGCUGCACAGCCCUGUGACUGCAGUACCUCCCAUGGGAAGUAGACUCAUUUCGUCCUGCAGGAUAGCAAUGGCAGGGGUGGUCCCUGCCUUCCCCCCCAUGCCUCCCCCAGAACCAUGCCCACUGCCCCGCUUCUGCCCCCGCACUAGGUUGCUGCGAUGCAAAGGGCCCAGCUAG